AUGUGUCCAUCCAAGUAUCCGCUUCCUCCAAAGUGGCCGGCUCUAUAUGAGAAACGUGGGCAGCGAAUAUCAGAGUCCCCAUUGUCACGGACUCCAGUUCGAGAUUUUAUUUCCAGAUCCUCAAACGUGAUCGUGGGCAUCAUUCCGUGUUGUCACAAGAGCCGUCGCACAAUAUUUGGCAGCACUGGACAAGCCUAUCCUAGGCCCGAUCAAGAAAUGUGCAUCUACAUCGGAGCAGACAACGCGACUGCAUGGCAAGAGGUCAGCAUGCAAGAGAUCAAGCGGGACCGAACCGUUGCAAAAAUGGUUAUCUCGAAGCGGCUCGCACUGAAACUCGUUGGGGGCAACCCUGACAAAUGGAUAAAGGUCAAUCAGCGUGAAAUCACCGACGAUGAGGGAACAACGCACGUUUGUGGACAUGCCCUCACCGUAAGCUGGCGAUGGGCCCUUCACGACUCCACCAGAGACAACACUGUGUAUAUCUCAUCAAAGUUGCACGCCCAGAAGAGUGAGCAGGGGAAUACAGCUCCCAAGGGCAUGUUCGACUUACUUGUUCCCGAACGGUAUGACUCUACCGAUCUCAGGUCAUCGCGGCCCGGCUUCAAGCCUGUUUACCACCUGUCCACCAAGACUCAGGAAGAGAAGGACAGACAAACAAGUAACAACGAAGAUGCCAAGCAGACCCAGGAGAAAGCCGCAGAGGCAGCACGUCUGAAGAAGGAAAAGAAGUUCCAAGACAUUGUUAAGGAGCCCAAGUAAAGGAGCAAAUUGGGAAUGUAUCCGCCACUGGCGCUGCCUUGUGUGUUUCCAUGAAAACUGUUGAUCUCACGGAGGGGCGUCUUGUCUCUCGUUUCAAGCAGGCC